AUGAAAGCCACUGACUGGUGGACAUUACACAACCUCGACUGGGGAGUUGUGGUGGAUUUGAAAGAUUUCUGGGCUUUGCCCGAUGCGUCUUCCAUGACUGAGCAGUCAGACCGACUGAAUAGUCCAAUCAAGGCUAGAUCUGCGUUGCUGCAGGAAAUUACUGCCAUUGGAUGGUUCAAGGCAGCCAAGUGUGCACGAUCCGUUGACUGGAUUGGCUAG